AUUCGAUCUUUUCAUUUUGCUACAAACAUCUUCACUCCAGUAACGAACUACAAGCAAACCCGAUACUUUUUCAAUAAACAUUGUCAUUGUUUUAUCCGCACACAACCACAACACCUCCCUAUUCAUACAAGCUAUCAUGGCCAACAAAAACAACAACAUGGCCAGCAAGGACAACAACAUGGCCAACAAGGACAACAAAGUGGCCAGCCCAGCCCAAGAGCUAGCCAGCGAGGCCACCGCCAAAGAGGCCGCCAGCCCAUCCUUGAGCCCCGAUGAGUUGGCCAGCCUACUAUCCUUAUGGCCCGAUGAGAUUGAUCAACUCGUACCUACUGCGCUGGCGGCCCAGGCAAGAAGGAGGAAGCAGGCAGGGGUCGAGCUCAAGCGGCAACGAGAUGCUAACAAGGAGUCCGCCAUCGUUCAGAAGGUCCCGCUCAACCAUCCUGAUGAGAUCACAGUGACUUAG